GUUGGUUCUUAAAAGAGGCCAAGUGACAAGAUGUACUUCACUUAUGAAAAGACAUUCUCUAAUGAGUGGUUGAAAGAGCUGUGACGAGUUGUUUUAAAUGUAGAGUGAGAUCCAUAACACGAUAGAAUUCAAGUUCUGUGACAUAAAAGUCUAAGAGGAUGUGGCUAAUAUUUAUUGUACUGCAUUUGGGAUUGCUGGUCCCACUCAGUCUUUCCUGUCCAAGUGCCUGUGUGUGUUUACCAAAUGGGGAUGUCACAUGCACAGGAGGAAUCACUGAAAUCCCACAUCUGGCAGCCAAUCAAACCUUCCGCCUAAAACUCAAUAACACUCUUAUAAAAAUCCUUCAUCCAAAAAGUCUUCAGCCUCUUGUCUUUUUACUACGCCUCCAAAUCAGCCACAGUCCUCUUGCCACUAUUCACCCAGAAGCCUUUUAUGGUGCUUCUCAGCUGAAGUCAGUUGUGUUGUCAUCUACCAAUAUCUCUGACCUUCCACCAAGAGUGUUCAGCAGCCUGGAGAACCUAGAGCAACUUUACAUCAAUAAGAGUCAACUGAUGUCUCUCCCUGCAGACAUUUUUAAACAUUUGGUCAACCUCACUGAACUGGACAUUAGCAUGAACCAAAUAGCAAAUUUGGAUGCUAGAAUCUUCCAGAAUGUGACAAAAUUGACUUACCUGAACCUGGGUAAGAACUUCCUACAAAUGAUCCCACAGAUGAUGUUCCACAACCUUAGACAGCUCAAGUCCCUGAUACUGUCCUCCAACCAGCUGAGGACAAUAGAAGAAGGCUCAUUUGAUCAUCUGAACAACCUGUUAUUACUCAUGCUGGAUAAAAACCAAAUUCAGGGAAUACCUUCCAGACUUUUUUGGCACAUGCCCUCAUUGUUAAUCCUGACUCUAUCUAGCAACCAGCUUCGUUAUAUUCCAAGAGAGACUUUUUACUAUCUACCCAAUCUUACCAAACUUACACUCUACAAAAAUCCCUUAAUCUCGCUGCCGGACCAGCUAGUCGGGCACAUGCCAAGACUUCAGGAGUUCUACCUGUAUAAUACCAAUCUUAUCACUGUGCCCUGGAACCUUUUUGCAAACAUGACUGGCCUCAAGUCUUUACAUUUACAUUAUAAUGAGAAGCUUAUCUCACUACCAAAGGAUGUCUUUUCUCACUUGCCUAAUCUUGAAAAGCUAUCUUUAAGAAAAAACAUACUUCAGGAUUUACACAAAGAUCAGUUUUCAUCCUUAACUAAACUUAGGAGUUUAAAUAUUUAUGGUAACAAGCUCCGGUCCCUUUCUGCAAAGAUCUUUCAAAAUCUCCAUAGCCUAACCCAUCUUCAGCUGAACAACAACAAUCUGAACAAUCUUCCAGGAGAUAUUUUUGCGCAUCUCACUGUAUUGAAGUCUGUCACUCUUGGACACAACCAGUGGAACUGCACAUGCAGUAUCCUGGACAUUGCAGCAUGGAUAAGUGACAACCGGAAUGUAGUCACUGACCUACAUGAUGUAUUAUGCCAUGAACCUUACCACUUAAUUAACAAAUCACUAGUAACGUUAACUAAUGACAGUCUGAAAUGUGGCGUUACCACUACAGGAGACCUACAUGUUACCAUGACCACUGAAGAGAUACAGGCGUAUUCUUCAGAAAGAACAACAGCAUCAUUUUUCACUGACAUUAAAAACAUUAGCAAUGUCGCUACAAAUACCAUCUUGUCAACCACUGUACCUCCAGUUCAUCGUACCUUACAAACACUUUCUUCAACUGCUUAUACAUUUAAGAAACCACAUACUGCUCGCUCCAUGCCCAAUGUAUUCUAUGACACUGUGGUCCUUGUUAACGGCCCUGAUAUUGUCCAUAAUAAUCGCCGUCAGGGCUGGGUGUACCUGUGGACAGUACCUACGUCUGGAGCAUACAGUAGUUUUCUAAUGGCUUUGCAUGUUGUUCUUAUUAUCACCGGUGUUCUUCUGAUUAUAUUCAGCGCCUUUGCAUUCUACCAUCUACACAAAGCUUUGUGGAAAACAGGGAUGACUCUUAGACAUCAGACAAUCAAAACUAAAAGAUUGCGGAGUUUUAAUGGCAAACUUUAGAAAAAAAUGACAUUGCAUUUCAUUGUACUGUAUAUUAUUAUAUCUAGCGAUUGUUUUACUGUAAAGUUUUGUUGUUCUGACUAUAACUACAAUAUAUCUGCCUAAAGUAUAACACUGUUGUAUGUUGGUAUAGCUUGUUAAUAUUAUGAUUUAUAUACUGUACAUGUCAUUUUUUUGGAAUUUUU